AUGGCUUCUCAACCUCCUCCCAACGACCUCCGCCGCCCCCAGCGCUUCAUCACAGACCAUUCCACGGACGGCAAGGCAAUCUUCAACACGGCACUCCCCGCCGAGAUCCCGCAGCAGACCGUCGGCGGAAACGUCAACUUCUACCUGGGUUACACAACCGAGAAAACGCCCACGUCGUUCGUGGGAAACACAGACGUGAAGGCGUACUCGGAACGCCUGGCCAACCCGCCCGGCAUCGUCAUCCCGGGCGGCAGCGUCAUGCGCAUCGUGGACAUGCCUCCCUCGGCGCUGUCCCCCAUGCACCGCACCGUCAGCCUGGACUACGGCGUCGUGCUGGAGGGUGAGAUCGAUCUCGUCCUCGACUCCGGCGAGACGAGGAGGAUGAGGCGCGGGGACGUGGCGGUGCAGAGGGGGACGAUGCAUGCUUGGAAGAAUGUUAGCGAGACUGGGUGGGCGCGCAUGUUGUACGUGCUCCAGGAGAGCGAGCCGCUAGAGGUCGGGGGCCAGGUUCUGAAGGAGGAUUACGGGGUUGGUAUGGGUGAUGUGAAGCCUUCGGGUGCUUAA